UGUAUUUUCUAUUUAUAUAUAAAAAUAAAAAAAUUAUUUAUGAUUCUACUAGUACUUACUCCUUAUAUAAUAAGGGGCUAGUCAAGAUUCACUUUCCAUAUCGUUGGUCGGAGGUCUAUUGAUAAGUCAUAAAUCAUAAGUCCUCUUUGUUGUCUCUCGAAGUUUUUUGUUGUUGAGAGAAUCAAGAAAAUCUUGCUGACCCAAUUCAUAAAUUUUCAAGAAUUAUAAUUGAAGCUACAAUGAGCUAUUCCCAAAACAUAAUGGAUGAUGAGUAUGAGAAAUUUGUCAGAAGAAUGAAUCCACCAAGAGUUGUAAUUGACAAUGAAUCUUGCAAAAAUGCCACUGUUAUACAGGUGGAUAGUGCUAACAAACAUGGAAUACUUCUUGAGGUGGUACAAGUUCUUACUGAUCUUAACUUUAUCAUUACCAAGGCUUAUAUUUGCUCUGAUGGUGGAUGGUUCAUGGAUGUAUUCAAUGUCACCAAUCAAGAUGGAAACAAGAUUACAGAAGAACCAAUCUUGGAUUAUAUCAUGAAGUCUCUUGGUCCAGACUCUUGUUUUGCCUCUUCUAUGAGAAGAUCAGUUGGGGUUACGACAGGAACGGACCACACCUCAAUUGAGUUGAUUGGAAGUGAUAGACCAGGUCUACUAUCUGAAGUAAGUGCUGUCCUCACCAACCUUAAAUGCAGUGUGGUAAACGCCGAAGUGUGGACCCACAACACCCGAGCAGCAUCUAUAAUGCAAGUUACCGAUGAUGAAAAAGGGGGUGCGAUUGCUGAUGCCGAAAGGUUGUCUAUGAUCAAGCAACUCUUAUGCAAUGUACUUAGAGGUAGCAAUAAAUCAAGAAAUGCUAAGAUGUCAGUAUCUCGUGGGGCCACUCAUACAGAUAGAAGACUUCACCAGCUGAUGUUUGCUGACCGGGAUUACGAACGUGCUACUGGUGAAGGAUCGGAUGAUAAAGAAAGGCCAAAUGUGAAUGUAGUAAAUUGGCAAGACAAGGACUACUCGGUAGUGACAAUUCGAUGCAAGGAUAGACCAAAACUUCUGUUUGAUACGAUUUGCACUUUGACAGAUAUGCAGUAUGUUGUUUUCCAUGGAAAUGUCGAUACUGAAGGACCAGAAGCUUAUCAGGAAUACUGCAUUAGGCAUGUAGAUGGAUCUCCUGUCAAAUCAGAUGCAGAAAGGCAAAGAGUGAUUCAAUGUCUUGAAGCAGCAAUAGAAAGAAGAGUAUCCGAGGGAUUGAAGCUAGAAUUAUGUACCUCGGACAGAGUAGGGCUGCUGUCCGAUGUUACUAGAAUCUUCCGCGAGAAUAGCCUCACCGUCACCCGAGCAGAAGUGUCAACAAGAGCAGGCAAAGCUCUCAAUACAUUCUACGUUAGCGAUUCCUCAGGGUAUCCAGUCGAUACUAAGAUUAUAGAAUCUGUUCGACAAACGAUUGGGCAAACGAUACUUCGAGUCAAAGGUUGUCCUGAAGAGUUAAAUCCAGUUCAACAAGAAUCUCCAACUAGGUUCCUCUUUGGUGGUUUGUUCAAGUCCAGAUCCUUUUGUAAUUUCGGUUUGGUUCGAUCUUACUCUUGAAAGCAAAACUUAAUAAGUCCUCUUUCCAUUGUAUAUACUCUCAUUUACUCUUCCUAGGUUUUAGGUAUGGUUAAUUAGCAAAAGUUGAUUACUACCUAGAGCAGUGUCUUUUAAAGUGAAAGAAAAGAUGCUAAGUGUAUGUAAAUAUUUAC